GACGUUCCUCACCCUAGGAGUCGAGCAUUUUAAUUUCGUUCUCGACCGCCGAGAGUAGAGACAGCAAGAGAAACGGGUCCCAGGAUGAACGCUCCCAUGCUGCGCACACACUCUCCACCCGCCGCCGCCUGGCAUCGGCCGGCACCAUCACCCGCCAUCGUCUCGCGCCGCGCGCGCAUCCCAUUACCCCGCGCUCGGCCGGCCGCGGCGGCGGCCACGGAAACGCGCACCACCGCCGCCGCGGGCACGGUUGAGGCGCUCCUCCUCCUCCGGGAGAGCGGGCUGCGGGCGGAGUCGCUGCCGCGGCAUGUAGGGGUGGUGAUCGACGGGCACGAGCGAUGGGCGCGCGCCCGGGGCCUGUCGGUGUCGGAGGGCCACGCGGCCGGGCGGCGCGCCGUGGAACGCACGGUGCGGCUCUCCCGGGCCUGGGGCAUCCGGGCGCUCACCGUCUUCGUCUGCUCCCACGAGAACAUGACCCGCCCCAAGGCAGAGAUCGACUUCUUGAUGCGGCUGUACGAAGGGUUUAUCCGUGACAACGUCGACGAGUUCUCCAGGGAGGGGAUCCGGCUGCACCUCAUCGGCGACUCGCCGGGACGGCCAGCCUCGCUGCUGAGCGCGGCAAGUGAAGCCCACGAGGCCACAAGAAGCAACUCGGAGAUGGUUCUGAUGCUGGCGAUCGGCUACAGCGGGCGAAGGGACAUGGUGCAGGCGUGCCGGGAGCUCGCCGCGGAGGCGCAGCGCAACCAGCUCCAGCCGGAGGACAUCGACGAGGCUCUCAUCGCCGAGAGGCUGGGCACCAGCGUCGCCGCGGGCGGCGAGCUCUCCUGCCCCGACCUCGUCAUCAGGACAAGCGGCGAGAGGAGGCUGAGCAACUUCCUGCUGUGGCAGUCGGCGUUCUCGGAGCUCUUCUUCCCGGACGUCAUGUGGCCUGAUUUCGGGGAGGACGAGUACCUCGGAGCGUUGCGCUCCUACCAGAGCAGAGAACGCCGGUUCGGCCAACGGAAAUAAUACUUCAUCCGUGGCUCCGUCCCGCAAUAUUAAUACCUGUUGAUGGCCGCAAAGAGCUCUUUCAUAACUUAGGUCUAAGUUUCUUGGAGGGACUUGACACAAGCGUGUGAAAAAUGCUUCAUUAAACACAAUAAUAUGACUAUUUAUAUAAAAACAAAAAAAUAAGCAUAUAUAUAUAUAUAUAUCAUAAUUUUUUAAAAACA